UACUGCAGUCCUGCACAUCCCCCUUAUUCUUAAAUAUCGGCCCACCAGUCCACUUCUUCUCCACUCCUCAGGCCUCCUCAAUCGGGUUAAAAACUCCACCGUCAUCUCUCCUAAACACCUCCACAGGUAUGUCAUCUGGACUAACGGCCUUUCCAUUCUUCAACCUCUACCUGCAAAAUGAAAAACCAUAGCACUUGUGUUACACUCCGCUGAAUCGAUUGGCUACGUCAGCAUGGAACAACUACAAGGGUUUCACCAAACAUAGUCGCUCAAAAACAACACGUUUCUGUUACACGUUAAUAACAUUUUUUUUUUUUCUUGUUGAGUGGACUCUCGUGUUUUCAGCUCGUUCUCCUGAGGGGUAAACGUAACGCCAAGGAGGUCGGCGCCCACCUAAAACUGACAGUUUCAUUUGCAGGGAAUGUCUGGGCCUCUUGGAAGAAAAGGACCAAAGGGAGCGACCGGUGAACAGGGAUCAGCAGGAAAAGUCGGGAGACGUGGACGACCUGGAAAACCGGGACCCAGGGGACUACCAGGCUUAGAUGGUCUUCUGGGCGUUGAGGGAAAUGAAGGCGACCCAGGUGACAUCGGCCGUGCCGGAAAGCCUGGACGUCCAGGAGCAAGAGGCAAGAAGGGUGACCCCGGAACCCGAGGCCUGCAGGGACCUCAAGGACAAAAAGGCCCAAAGGGACAUCCAGGUCUGAAGGGGUCCAUGGGACUAGCAGGGCCGGUGGGCCCCCCGGGUAUUCCAGGCCUCCGAGGAGGGAAGGGGCAACCGGGCAUCAAAGGAGCACAGGGCCCAGCAGGUGCCAAAGGUCUGAGGGGUCUGCCUGGACCAGCAGGGGUCAAGGGACGUCAAGGCCUCCAAGGCCCCAAGGGACGACACGGACCCAAAGGAGUGCAGGUAGGGCAGCGCCAGUGUGGCCGCCUUCCCUCUCGCUUUCUCAUUUCCCCAUCCGGUUGGCAGGAGGCACACACACAUUCAAUUGUACAUACUUGCAUGGGCUUACACACGCGCACACACACACGUUCACAUACUCACUCGCACACACUCACAUGUACACACACUGGCAUAUUUGCACACACACAAUCACUCAAGUUUUUCAAAGCACAGCUGCCAUCAUCCCAAGGUGACUGGUCAACAUGAGCCUCAGGAGGGCAACUCAGGCCAUUUGAAAACCCCUUUGUUUGUUUUAUUAUUAUUAUUAUUAUUAUUUAUGUGUUCCUUUGCCAGGGUGACAUUGGGCAGUCGAGCCCACAAGGGAGAAGAGGCCAGCCAGGACCCCCAGUAAGUAUCUUGAGUCUGCACUGUUUCAACUACUGUUUGCCCCAGCUGUAUUGUGCUAGCUGGCACCCCACGCUGGCUGCUAUCAGAGUUGUCCCCAGUGCCACGUGACCCUCAGCUGGAUGUUUGGUUUUGAAUGAGGAUCUUUAGCAGAGAGGGCCAAGUUUCAAAUUUGCCAUGGGGAUGUGUGUGUGACUGGCACCCGGUCUAGGCUUGUUUCUUAUCUUGUGCCCAGUGCUGCCAGGAUAGGCUGCAGCCCCAUAUCACCCUGAAUUGUUAGCUAUUGUGGCUGUCGGCAAUGCCACUCCAAUGCCAGGCCCCACGAGGCCUGUGGAAGUCUAGGUUUUAAAAGCUCAUUUAUGGAUACCUUUAACUUGUAUAAUGCCUUUCACAUCUAUCUAUCUAUUAUAUAGCGCCUUUCAGUAUAUAUUUUUUAGUUAUAU